UUACGAGACUUCCUGGAAGGGGACCCGAGCAGGAAGAGACAAAAUUGACACGUGGACUCUUUUUUUUCCUCUCUCUCUCUCUCGCUCGCUCGCUCUCUUCUUCUUGUUUCCCUUGCCAAGGACGGACGGACGGACGGACGGCGGUGAUGCUUGACUGAAUUUUGUCUCCGGUGCCAACCUGGAAUUAGUCGUGGGGAGGACUAUCUUCAGGGCGGAUUUCCCCCCUCCCCUCCUUUCCCCAAAUCAAACGGCUUCCCCCGGGUUGCUGCUUUUCAUCCCCUUUCCUCUUCCAAAUCCGACUUUUAAGCCCGGUGUCUUCUCUGGGAAGAGGAGUAGCUGGCGAAGACUGCUGCAGUGGUGGCGCCGUUGAAUGGCCUUGAGCGUCGGCAACGAUGGAGCGCAGGAUUCGGGGGCCAACCUGCUCGCAUUCCAAAAUCACAAGCAGCAUCAAGCGCCACCGAUAAGAUGCCCCCAACAGGAAGACACGAAAAAAGAUGGAGGAAUCGGGAAUGUCUUUUGGUCCAGGCCUGAAUCCCGAUUAUGGACCACAAUGCUCCUGCUUGGAACCUGCCUGCUUUACUGUACCAGGGUCCUAAUGCCCAUCUGUGUGGUCACCAUGAGCAGUCUCUUCGAUUGGGACAAGAAACAGUCUGGAAUUGUGUUAAGCAGCUUCUUUUGGGGCUACUGUCUAACUCAAGUUGUUGGGGGCCACUUGAGUGACCGGAUAGGAGGGGAGAAAGUCCUUCUCCUCUCUGCAUCGGCCUGGGGAUCCAUCACCGCCAUCACGCCCCUGCUCAUUUCCUCAAGCUCCUCCCACCUGAUUCUCAUGACCUUCACUCGCUUCCUUAUGGGGCUCUUGCAGGGGGUUUAUUUUCCUGCCUUGGCUAGUCUGCUUUCCCAGAAGGUACAGGAGAGCCAACGAGCACUGAUCUACAGCACUGUCGGAACUGGAUCUCAGUUUGGGACAUUGGUGAUGGGGGCAGCUGGCUCCCUGCUUCUUGACUGGUAUGGAUGGGAAAGUGUCUUCUAUCUUUCGGGCCUACUCACCUUGCUCUGGGUGUACUGCAUGUGUAAAUUCCUCUUGCCGGAAAAAGAAAUAAUAGUCUCACUGCAAGACUUGGCAAAGGGUCUUUCCUUAUCAUCCAAAUCGACCAAAGUGCCUUGGAGAAAAUUAUUUAGGAAGCCUCCCAUUUGGGCGGUGAUUGUGGCUCAGUUGUGUGCAGCUAGCACAUUCUUCACCCUGCUAUCCUGGCUGCCGACAUUCUUCAGCGAAACAUUUCCCGAUUCAAAGGGCUGGAUUUUUAAUGUCAUUCCUUGGCUGGUGGCAAUUCCAACCAGUUUGUUUGCUGGUUUCCUGUCUGAUCAAUGUAUCAGUCAAGGGUGCAAACCAAUCACCGCUCGUAAGUUUAUGCAGGUCAUUGGCUCCGGGGUAUCCAGUCUUUUUGCCUUAGGGAUAGGUUACUCCACCAACUUUUGCCAAGCAGUGGCCUUUGCCUCAGCCAGCAUUGGACUUCAGACUUUCAACCACAGUGGCAUCUCAGUCAAUAUUCAGGAUCUGGCUCCUUCAUGUGCUGGUUUAUUGUUUGGUGUGGCAAAUACAGGUGGAGCUUUACUAGGUGUUGUUUGUGUAUACCUAGCUGGACACCUCAUCGAAAACACAGGCUCCUGGGUGUCUGUUUUCAAUCUUGUGGCUGCUGUGAAUGCCCUUGGACUUUGCACAUUCCUCCUCUUUGGAAAAGCUCAAAGGAUGGAUCUGGAUCCAGCCUACACAGACUUAUAAACACAACCACGGACUUAGAGGGAGGUGUCAAGAUUCCGGAAUGGAAAACAGAAUUCCAGGAAAAACGUCCCAGCUAUGGAAUGAUAAAAGUCCAUGCAUUAACUGGUUACCUCCAGAUUUACUAGCCAUCUACUCAUCCUUUUCUUCCCACACGGUUGGUGCGUGUUUCACCUCUUUGAUUAGGUACUAUUCCUCCAUCAUCCCAAAGAGGAUUCCCCCUACCCCCAUAUAUUGGUGAUCUAGCCAACAUUAGACCUAUGUCGGCUGUUCAGGUUGGGAAUUAUAGGAAUCCAGUGUAUCUGGAAAGACCUGGGUCAAUUGUCUAAGAUGACCUUAGGAACAGUUUAAAUAUACUGACUCUGGCUUCAGUGCCUUUUGCAGCAAAAUGGUGCUACAUUGCAGGCACACUCCCAAAAUACGCAACCAGGUACAGCUUGCUCCUGCUUAUCUUCCCGUGUGAUAAGAAGUGCAUGGAUCCACCCAUAAUCUCCCCCCCUCCCCCGCAAAUUUAUUUUUUUUCCAACAUUCAUGAUGUCAUCUGGGCUAGAGCAAAAGCGUGCGGAAACUCAAAACAUAUGUGUUGACCCUAUUUUGAGGAGUUUUGAAGCCAUCGUCACGAGUGUCCUAUGGACACAAAAAUCCCAGACCUAGUGUGAGCUGCUUGUUCUGUAAUCUUAAGACUCCACGAUGAUGGGUUUUUGUAUUUUUGUUUUUUUUCAAUGUCUAGGUAGAACUCACAAUUAUCUAGCUGGGCUUCUCAGGUGAUGUACGUAGGUCAAGGUUUGGCAAAGUUCUGGAGGCAGAAUCCUCCCACAAUGAACAAAAUAAAGGCAAGGAAUUUGUCAGAUUUCCAUUGAGAUCUGCAGUCUCCCCCUUCCCUUGCGGCCUCCUGCAAAACCUUGCAAACCCAUGGAUUAUUUGCAUAUCAUCCUAGUGUACAUAUAUACAGGUGAACAACCAUACCCAUAUUACAAUUAUGAACACGUAGGUACACCUGUACAAUAACGUUGGACCAGCUCUCUUAAAAAACAACAACAAUGGGGUGGAGAUUACCAACAACAUCAGCUUUUCACAACUUGAGGUCCUUCAGAAUUUUUAAGUGACAACUGUGUCACCUCAGUGGCCAAAGCCAUUGUCAGUGAAGGCAGCCAUAAACCAGCAGGCCUAAAAGACCUUGAUUCAGAAAAAAUUAUCACCCAAUGGAGAGGGAGUGAGCAGAUUAUGCAAAGCCCAAACUAUGGUUAUAGGACUGUCAUCCAUAUCAUAUCCAAUAAGGAAGCUCCCUUUUCUCAUCAUCCUCUGACAUCAUGAGUAGACUUCCUGGGAUGUCUAACAGGACAGCAUCAAAAGUCCAGAGCAUGCCCACUAGAAUUGUCAUUCUAAUUGCUGGAAGAAUAAUUUUAUCCAGAAAGUUUGUGCGAACGAGAAAAUUGGAAGACAUCAAGAGAUGAGAACCUUGGAUUUUGUGAGUUGCCUCUCUAGGUCAACUUUCUACAAGUGGUGCCCUGCAGUUCUAUUAGAUGUGAAGAACGGGCAGACAUCUACAAAGCUUCUUUAGCUUAAGAUUUUCAUUCGUACCAGGAUUUCGGUUUCACACCAGUGCUUAUAUUGGUUUGGGAUGAAAAAUUAGCAGGGUAUUAACAAAUCACCCUCUUGUGUUUCAUCAAUUGUUGGAAUAAUAGAAACCAAGCUUACAGAUAUUUGGAAGCUAGGUUCAGUGAGUGGGGGGGGGGUGAGCUUCUCAGAUUGCUAAACAGUGAGAAAUUCUAUUGUACUGCGGGGUCUCAGGUCAAAAGAACCUUGUGUCUUCCAGAUAUAGGAAGGUCAUAUUGAUCUCUCUGUACUUGAAGACCUGCUCUAAAAAUGGCAUUUUCCUAUUCGCUUCCAAAACAUCUUGUUCUAUUUGUAGUUCCUGGUUUCAACACCAUUGGCGUCUUUUCACAAUUGAACUGUUUGCGUGGUUCAUUCCAGCAGGGGUGGGCAAACUGAUGCUCCCCUAGAUAUCACCAAACUACGCUUCCCAGCAUCCUUCACCAUGUGAGCUAAAGCUGCACAAGUUUCUCACUCCUGCCUCAGUUAUGCCGUUUGCAGCUAUUGAAAAAUUACCUCAUUUAAGCCCCUUUUUAAUGUCCCCCGUGGACACAUGGGUUUCCACCAGGGUUGUGCCUUAUGAGAAUGGUAGAUUUGAAUGCCAGGACACGGGACAUCAUUUUAAAGUUCUUGCUGAAUUUCAUCGGGCAGAAGAAUGGAAACACAUCCAAGCAAAGCCAAGUUGAUAUUUAAAUAAAGAGUUGAGAUGUUUCCCAUCAGACAUGAAA